GAAAAUCUGAAAUUGAAUAGGUUCGUCGACAAGGAAGAGAAGCAAGAGCUGGGAAGAGGACAGAGACGUGAACAACGGCCCAUUGCCCAUCGUUCGGUGCUCCGCUGAUCACGGUUGUGCCCCCACUGCUGCACCACAACUUGCAAAAAGAUCCUAUGUCUAGUGUGGAGGAUAACAAAGAACAAGGACAGAUGGAUGUAAACACAUCUAAUGAAUCCAUGCCAUCAACAAAGGAGCAGGAGGAAGUUAUAAAGAAAAAAUAUGGAGGAUUACUUCCUAAAAAGCAACCGCUUAUAUCUAAGGACCAUGAACGUGCCUAUUUUGAUUCCGCUGAUUGGGCACUUGGAAAGCAAGGAGGUGAAAAACCCAAGGGACCGCUGGAGGCUUUGCGGCCUAAAUUACAGCCAACACAACAGCAAACACGUUACAGGAAGUCAUUUUGUGCUCCUUCAGGAGAAGAAGGAGGAAGUGUUCCAUCAGAGGAUGCACCUUCCAACGAGUAAGAAGCAGUCAGUCUUUUGAUGAUGUGCUUCACAUUAUUCUGAUGCCAUUUAGUUGUUUUCAACAAUAAGUUCAUGUAUUCUUGGUAGCACAAGACUAAAGAAUUUGGCCUGCUUCUCUGUUGUAGACUCUCAUUGAACUAUGAUUUUUAUGGUUUGUGGUUACAUUCCUUUAUCUUUGACUUUUGAAUGAUAACUCAGCACAAACUAAAAAAGUGAAA